AUGAGUGUAACUACCACGGAAUGUCUUGCGUCCGCGAACGAGCUGCUCGCUUCGCACAACGCGCUCGUGUCGCGUAUACGAAACGCCCAGCGCGGGUACAGAAGACAACUCAAAUCUCUCCCCUCACCACCUGAGGAGGUCCUGAAGCUUCCUCUACUGCCCACGCCGCCGCGCUCACCAUCCCCAUCGCCACCCUCCUCGCCUCUCAUCUCGCCGGCGCCGAAACCACCUCGCCCGGAUCUCCCGCCGGCGAAACGCGCACGCGUGUCGCGGUAUAGCAACUACGUGCCAGAAGAGGAGACCAUACGGAACGACUACUCUCAGCGGUAUGUGGACGGAGGAGAGUGGCCACAGAACUGGGUGCUGGGCGCGGAGCCCGAGCAUCGUUUCGAAGAGUAUCCCAAACAGCAGCGUCUGCUGACUCUGAAGAAGGCUGCCGUCGCAGAACAUGCCCUACCCCCAACUUUCCUUCCCUACUCCGAGCUUUCCACACUACAUCCCACGAAGUUUGACGUCAUCCUUAUCGACCCUCCCUUCUCAUCAUCCUUCUCCUGGGACGAACUGCAGAACCUUCCUAUUCCCGCUCUCGCGGCGGACCCUUCAUUCGUGUUGAUGUGGGUAGGCAGUGGCUCCGGAGACGGCCUUGAGCGUGGACGAGAGGUCAUGGCGAAAUGGGGCUUCCGAAGAUGCGAAGAUAUCGUGUGGGUGAAGACGAACAAGACCACGAACAGCGGUCCAGGGACCGACCCACCAACCACUUCACUGCUCACCCGUACCAAGCAGCACUGUCUGAUGGGCAUUCGCGGCACCGUCCGUCGUUCGACCGAUAGCUGGUUCGUGCAUUGUAACGUUGAUACGGACGUACUCAUAUGGGAGGGCGACGAAUCCGACCCAACACUCAAGCCGCCAGAGAUGCAUACACUCAUCGAGAACUUCUGCCUUGGCCUGCGCCGCCUUGAGAUAUUCGGACGUGCGCGUACCGCGCGCCGCGGCUGGGUUACCGUUCUUUCCGAGGGCGAAGAGGACCGCAUCGAAGAGGGCAUGUCUCUCGACGACGACGGUGCGACGGACGCCGCGGGAGAGGGCGCGAUGCGCUGGGACAGAGAGCGCUGGGAGGCACGCGUGAAGGAAGUCGCGGGCGGUGGGAAGCCCGUCGUUCCGGUAACCCCAGAAAUCGAUGCUCUCAGGCCUAAGUCACCCGUCCGCGGCGGCUCCUCCAACCACAACAACGGCAUGCACUCCACGCCCAACUCAAACGGCGGCUCCAUGGCCACGCCCAUGAUGGGCAUGGGCGGCGGCAAUAACCACCGCAACGGCGGCGGCGGCAACGGCGGAGGCGGCGGCGGCGGCUUCGCAAACCAGAAUCGCAUGAUGGGCCCGCCGCAGAUGGUGCCGAUGAACGGCAUGAGCCCAGACAUGGGCGGCAUGGGCAUGAUGGGCGGCGGCGGGUGGGGCCAGGAGAUGGGCAUGCCCGGACUCGGGCUCAACGUCCCCAUGAGCAUGAUGGGCAUGGCGCAGCAGGGCAUGCCGUUCGGCGGGGGCCAGGGGCGCUUUGGGGGCGGGUUCGACGGGGGGAUGGGCAGUGGGGGCAUGGGGCGUGGGGGGCAUGCUCAUGGGGGACAUGGGGGGAUGGGCGGUGCGGGCGGCGGCGGGAUGGGGUGGAUGGCGGGCGGGGAGGGUCAGUAUAUGGACGGGUCUGGCGCGGGCAUGUGGGACGGCGGGAUGGGCGAAGGUAUGAUGGGCAUGAACGGGAUGGGCAACAUGGGCGGGAUGGGCCAGGGGAUGGGCGGAAUGAACGGCAUGGGAGGUAUGAGUGGUAUGAACGGCAUGAACGGCAUGGGCCAGGGAAUGGCUCAAGGUAUGGGCCAGGGCAUGGGCCAGAACCUGGGUUCGAUUCGUAUGGGCAUGAACUCGGCGAUGGGCCAGAACAUGAUGGGCAUGAGCAUGGGCCAGUGGGGCGGCGAGGGGUACGAGGGCGGGUUCGGUGGUUGA